AGCAGCCGUUCCGAGGAGCAAUCGCCCGUCGUCCGCCUAACGAUCGUAGGCAGUAGCGCCGCCUAUAUGCGCAUCCGUGUGAGUGUCUGCCCGUGUGAGUGCGAGUGCUCUCUUUUCGGAUGUACGUGUGUGUGUGUACGAGUGCCGUUAGUAUCGGGCAACGGGAUCGCCGCGAAAAAGUUCAGUUUCAGUUUCGUUGUUGUUUGGUUUGGUUUGGUUAGUUUUAGUUGGUUAGUUUGAAUCUCAGGACCGACUGCCACUGGUGUUUGUUUGUGUUGCCUUCGCAUACGAACCGGAGAGCACUGGCAGAGCACUAAAAUUUUCUCUCAGUGUGCCGUGGUCCAUGGCGUGGGUGCGUGCGUGAGUGGGAGAGAGCAUUAGAAAGUCCGCUUCGGUCGCGAGAGCCGUACCUGUCAGUGAGUGAGUGAGUGAGAGAGCGCGAGAAGGAGAGACAGUGCGCGGAGUAGGCGGGAAUGGCGAAACAGAAACAGUAAAAGGAAGAAAGCGCAGCAGCCUGCAAAGCUCCUAACGGCAGUCGGCAGGACGUCCUGGCGCUACGAAAACAGUGGCAAAAGUAACACCGAAGCUAACUGUAAACGUCCCGAGACGCACGGACCUGCACAUGUGCAUAUAAGCUUGUGAUUUGUUUCUUUUUUUGUCUUUCUUUUCUUCUGUGUGUGCGAUUCGCCGUGGAUGCGUAUCUGUGUCCGAUGAAGCCGCCGCUGUUCCGCCGUCUGAGGCUAAAAGUCUUCUCACCUCCGAUCACCUACCACCGAUCACUGAUCACCGAUAACCGAUAACCAAUUACCAGUAACCGAUCACCGUUAGUAGACCGUUAACAAAAGAGGAAAUGCAAACGCCAUCUAACUGUAAAAACGGGAAAUAUUCAGACCAACAGCAGAAGAGCAAGAACAUCGCCAGGAGACGCCGUCGCUAGUAGAGUGCGGGCAGAGGAAAACAGAAGAAUCCGGAGAAGAGAGUCAUCCCCGCGCCAGAGAAGCGAGAAGAACGAGUAGAAGAUCGAGGGUCUCAGCGUUACGCCUUCUCAGCAGAAACGGUUCGACGGUCGGCCGAGGAGCGUGCGAGCAGGAGGGGCGCCGAGAAAGCCGCUGACUACAACAGAAUUCCCAAAUGGAGACGAAAAAUCCAACUCCUGUGACGAGCAGUUACCACCACCAGAGGGCGCCGCGCACACCGGAGUCCUACUUCAAUGUCCCGGAGUCGGUGGCGCUGCUGAACAUUGUGAAGUCGGAGAGGAUACAGAGCGCCUUCCAGUCGAACCGGAAGAACCAUGCCAGCGUCUGGGAAAUGGUGGCCGAGGUGCUCAACCGGUUCAGCACCCGGAAACGGACCGCCAAACAGUGCUGCAACCGCUACGAGAAUCUGAAAAAGAUCUACACGCAGCUGAAGAAGAACCCGGAGCGGCAUGUGCGUCGCAACUGGCCGUACAUGUUCCUGUUCAAGGAGAUCGAGGAGAACCGCGGCGAGUGCUGGGGCUCCAAUGGGAAGCGCCUGGCCCUGAUCUCCAAGAACCACAACGAGCUCUCCUACUACCAGCGCCGGCGACAGGCGGCCGAGCUAGGCGUCCUGCUUAACAAGGACAACCUCACUCCGCACCAGCACAGCCUGCUGCAGAGCCUCUCCCAGAGCCACUCCCAGUCACACGCUCACUCCACGGACUCCUCGCAGAGCGGCGCCAGCAAGCUGGAGCGCUAUCUGCCCAAUCACUUCGUGGAGGCGCAACUGAACGAUGUGCCCUGCACUGGCGGAGUGGGCGGUGCAGUGAGUGGGCCCGGCGGCGUCUACGACGAGAAUCCCCUCCAGCUCCAGGUGGCGGCUGCUGCCGCGGCCGCUGCCGCCGUGGCGCAGAAGCUCCAGAUGGGCGGCGCAGGCGGCGUUCCGUUAGCAUCCGAAGAGGACGACGAGGACGAGCCCCACCAGAAUGCUGCAUUUAAGGAUCACAUCCACGGCCACAACCUGGGCCAUGGACACGGUCUGGGCGGCCAUGGCCAGAUGGAGGAUCCCGGCGAGACGCCUGGCUUCGAGAAGGACUGCAACGGAGCCCUCAACUUGCACCACCAGAACAACAGCCACAACGACAACAACAUAUCCAUGAAAUCCGAGCCCCUUUCGGAGGGAGAAUUCAAUCCGGAUGACAUCCAGCUUAUGCAAACAAACUACAAUGGCACCCAAAACUAUUACACGGGGGGCCUGGACCCGAAUAUCCUGCACCCGGACGUGAUCGUGGACACGGACAAUCGCUCCGACUGCACGUCCUCCACCUCGCAGAAGAAGAGGCGCAAGCUGUCCACGUCCACGGACGGCGACAGCACCAAUUAUGAGCUCAUUGAGUACCUUAAGCGGCGGGAGAAGCGGGACGAGGAGCUGCUCAAGCGGAUGGACGCCCGGGAGGAGCGGUUCAUGAACCUGCUGGAACGGACAGUGGUGGCCAUCGAGACCCUGGCCGCAGGGCGGUUGCUGCCGACGUCGACAUCCACGCCGUCGCCACCGCCCCCUCCGCUUUUGACCGGGCCAGCUCGGGCAUUGGUGCCAGUUCCGAUAGUGACCCUAAAAGAACCUGCGUUCACGACACCCGCGGAAGCGCCCAACACCGUAGUCCUGCCCGAAUCGCCAGCCAAGUGCGCCGAGCAGCCGGCCAGUGGAGAGGCCGUAGAAGCCUCGGAAAGCGCCAUCGUCGAGAUACCCGACGACGCGGAUGAGGGCGAGAGUCCCACGAUAGAGCUGGCAUCUGCCACGCCAGGUGGCGAAAAGGAGGACGACGAAAGGCACACGUAGGAUACGAGAACCCGCAGAAACCAUACGCAUAGAUGCUCACUAGAUCUACUUAAACCUCCACCUGAAUACAUACUUAUACGUGUAUACCUCCCCCAGUCCGGGGAAGAACAAAGUGCCAAAGACGAGCUGAGUCUCGAACUCCUAUUGAGAUUUCCACACUCCGCCAGAGGGAGCGAAAGCCGAAUUGAGGACAAAGUGCGGCAGACCUGAAUGUGUGCCAGCGAGAACAAUAUACUUUUAAAUACUUUAACUUAUCUUAAGAUUCAGAGCGUGGGGAGAAGCGCGCCCCAUCCCACCCAAGAUGCCAGACGAAUCUCGAGGCGCCGAGGAUAUGCUCCAGCCACCCGAAGGAACAAACUAGUUGAAACUGCAAUGGGGCUCAAAUGCAUUUGUGCAGGAACAUGAAAACAAAAUCAUUUCUUUUUUUUUUGUAAUCUAGUUAAAUAAAUGUACGAUUAAAAAAAUUGAUUUAUUUUAUAGAG